CCGGCCAAUGGCCUCAUCGUCACUGCCGUAGCCUGUGACCACCACCUCCACACCCCCAUGUACUUCUUCCUCCUCAAGCUCUCCCUCCUCGACCUCGGUUACAUCUCCACCACUGUCCCCAAAUCCAUGGCCAACUCGCUCUGGGACACCAGGGCCAUCUCCUACCAAGGGUGUGCUUCUCAGGUUUUUUUCUUUUUUAUUCUGAUGUCAGCAGAGUUUUAUCUUCUCACCAUCAUGGCCUAUGACCGCUACGUUGCCAUCUGCAAACCCCUGCACUACGGGACCCUCCUGGGCAGCAGAGCUUGUGUCCACAUGGCAGCAGCUGCCUGGGGCUGUGGGUUUCUCACUGCUGUGCUGCACACUGCCAACACAUUUUCACUACCAUUCUGCAAGGGCAAUGCUGUGGACCAGUUCUUCUGUGAAGUUCCCCAGAUCCUCAAGCUCUCCUGCUCAGAUGCCUACCUCAGGGAGGCUGGGCUUAUUGUGGUUAGUGUCUGUGUGGCAUUUGGGUGUUUUGGUUUUAUUCUGCUGUCUUACGUGCAGAUCUUCAGGGUCGUGCUGAGGAUCCCCUCUGAGCAGGGACGGCACAAAGCCUUUUCCACAUGCCUCCCUCACCUGGCCGUGGUCUCCAUGUAUGUCAGUAUGGGCAUGUUUACCUACCUGAAGCCCCACUCCAUCUCGUCCCCACACCAGGACCUGGUGGUGGCAGUUCUGUACUCAGUGGUGCCUCCAGCACUGAACCCCCUCAUCUACAGCGUGAGGAACCAGGAGCUCAAGGAUGCAGUUCAGAAACUUAGGACCAGAAGUUUUUUUAGUAGCAAUAUACUGCCCAUCUUCUUCUGCAUAUCACUCAUAACGGACGCCUGCUGGUCCUCGGGUGCCACCUACGAGGGACUGCUGCUACUGGUCCGACGGGGCUUGGAGAAGGUGGCCUACGCCUCCCUCUGCCUCCCCGAUGACAUCCGCCAACGCAGCAUGACCCAAAUUCCCAACUACCGCUACCGGGAUGAUGGGAUGAUCCUUUGGGAAACCAUCCGGAGGUUCGUCUCCGCCGUCGUGGAUUUUUACUACAAGGAGGACGCGGCGGUACGCGAGGACGCCGAGCUGCAGGCGUGGGCGAUGGAGAUCUUCGUCAACGGUUUCUUGAGCAGGACGUCUUCGGGUAUCCCGUCCUCGCUGCGGACGGUGGCGGAGCUCGGCAAGUUCCUCACCAUGGUGGUGUUCACCUGCUCGGUGCAGCACGCGGCCGUCAACAACGGGCAGUACGACCUGGGAGCCUUCGUCCCCAACGCUCCCUCCUCCAUGCGCCACCCGCCGCCAAUGGCCAAGGGCAAGACCUUCCUCCAGCACUUCCUUGACACCCUCCCCGAGGUGGACACCACCGCCAACAUCCUGGUGGCCCUCAUCCUCCUCAGCUCCCGCCUCGAUGACACGAGGCUGCUGGGACAAUACCCGGAGGAGCGUUUCACCGAGGCGGAACCUCGCCGGAUCAUCCGGACGUUCCGGGGGGAGCUGGAGGAGAUCCGCGACCUCCUGGAGGAGAGGAACCACGUGGCCACGCUCAGAUACAACUACCUCAACCCGCUGGAGACCGAGAACAGCAUCUCCAUCUGAGCGGGGGGGGCGCUCCCCACUCCCAGCAUCGCCCAGUAUCUCCCAGCAUCCUCCAC